UGGCUUAUUCUAUUGGCUAUUGAACAAAAUUCAAUAGUGGAGAAAGAAGAUCGUAUGUACUGGAACAUACAGUGACUUGGUGAGGGAGACACUUGAAACCGAGAAGAAAGUGAGACGUUUCUGUUUUUUACAGAGAGAGGGAGAACAUAGAGAAUGGUCAAACAUCACCGAUGGCUCCCGUCAAUGGUUUAUAAACCUCUCUAUAAACAAGCUCUUUCCCUGUCAAAAAGUCUCUCUGGACUCUCUCUAAAAACUCUCUCUCUCUCUCUCUCUCCGUGUGGGUAAAAAUCUCUCUUUUUCUUGCUGGGUCGUUGAAGGCUUCUUUGAUGGAGCUUUGAGCUUCUUUUGUCAGGAAAAGCGCUCAAUUUGAUUAAAGUUUUGUUCUUUGCUUUCUGGGUUUCCUUCCAACCUUGGUGGAGAGAGAAAUGGCACAACGUUCACAUGUGCCAAAGUUUGGCAAUUGGGAAAGUGAAGAGAAUGUUCCUUACACAGCCUACUUUGAAAAGGCUCGAAAGGGUCGAGGUGGGGGGAAGAUGAUAAAUCCAAAUGAUCCCCAAGAGAAUCCUGAUUUAAGCUAUGAUUAUGCAGCUCCAGCUCAAGUUCCCCCUUCUGGAGGCAGAGUUGUAUCAGAGGAACCAACAGGGCAGGGAGCUGUUAGACAAGCACAUGAGCGUCAAAGGAGCAGGGAAGAUGGUGAGCUCAGACGGUUUACUGAGUCUCCAGCACGCCAUGAUAACGUGAAUCGGAGAGCUAGCAAUGAGCCAGCACCCCAGCGUUAUGGUGGCCGUGGAGUAAGCUAUGGUGAAACCCACAGACGAACUGGAAUACAAAGCGUACAAAGCAUUGGGUCCGAUAACAGCAUGGAGCAUUCCCCACUCCAUCAUAAGGCCAAGAUCUCUGGGAGAGGUAGUGGGGCUCCAUCUCCUGCUUGGGAAGGAAAAGGUUCAUCUGACAGUAGCUAUGGUACUCCUGGAAGAUCCCGGUUGAAACCAAAAGGCGAUGAAAGUCCUGAUAAGGGUGCUGCUGUUCCAAAAUUUGGUGAGUGGGAUGAGAAUAACCCUGCAUCUGCUGAUGGCUAUACUCACAUUUUCAACAAAGUGAGGGAGGAAAGGCAAAUUGGGGCAGGUAAAGUGCCUGGCAUGCCAACUGAGUCAUCUAUGAGCAAUGCUCGCAAGCAAACCCCCAGCAACAGCUCCAAGAGUUGCUGCUUUCCUUGGGGCAGAAAGUGAUGUCUUGAGUACAUUUGUGAAAAAUUAUGAGGUGUGUGGAACUUGUAAAUACAUUGAAGGCUCUCUUCACGCAGAGUAACUUCGAGUAUAUUCUCUCUAUUUGCUUGGCAUUUUGUGAUGAUAAGCAGUGUUUUGCUAGAAAUGUGUUCCUGUUCUUUUUGGUUUAUAGUUUCCACUUACUUGCAGAUACAAAUUCUUUAAUUCUAAUCUAGAUAUUAUGUUUUCCUUUU